AUGGGUCAGCAGCCAAGCGGCGCCCCCUGGCAGCUGGUGGGGUUUGUGCUGGGCACGGUGGGUUGGAUUGGAGCCGUUGUAGCCAUGGGCCUGGUCCAGUGGAGGACGUGGCACGUGAGCCCAGCAGAAAUCGACUCUGGCAUUGCCUGGGUCGGCAUCUGGAGAGCCUGUUUUUACAGCAACCAGCUAGUGUCCCCACUACUCCGGCGCAUGUCCUGCCAGGCGAUGGGCAUCACUGAGGACUUUGUACCGUGGGAGAUCGCUGCUGCACAGGUGCUGAUGGUGGCAGCUGUGUUGGUGGGCGCUGCUGGCAAGGUGACCACGGCUUCUGGGCUGAAAGGUGUUUACGUUGGCGGAGGGCAGGCAGGACUGGCUCUGCGUGCCGGAGGGGCCCUUCACCUGCUGGCCAGCGUCUGCGUCGCGAUCCCUGCCGGCUGGAAUCUGAGCUCCGUGGCCAGCAACCACAGCAUCGCCUUCACGCCCCGCUUUCGCCUGCCCCUGUCGCCACGGACGCAAGAGGCAGGGGCCGCCAUCUACGUAGCCCUCUUUGCAUCUGGCCUGCUGCUGCUCUCAGCUGUGCUGCUGCUCGGUUACAGGAACCCUGCGCUGCACGCCUGCUCCAAGGUCCACCCCCUCCCCCUGGACUGGUCUGACGGCACCAGCCUGAUCUCCAGGGCCAGCAUUCUAACCAGGAGCAGCCUGUGCACGGACAGCUUCUCAGGAAAUUCCCUGUCCAGCUGUGGAGUUGACAACCAGGCAUUCCAGUCUGAGGAUUACUGA